AUGUUACAAAGACAUAUUACGGAGGAAAUACUUGAUUUUGAGCAGUAUGAAAAUAUAGCACCAGCCGAGUUUCAUACUUGGACAGGACUGACUCAAGAUCAGUUUACUGAAUUAUUAGAUAGUUUACCAAGUCUGAGAACUAAAAAGAAUAAAAGAACCUUACUGGCGGCAGUAUUAGUCAAGUUAAGAACAGGUGACUCGAACGCGCGGCUUGCUAAUAUUUUUAAAUGUAGCGAAACAGCGUUUCAUACGUGGUUAAAAAUCGGACGCAACGCUCUGUUAGAAGAUUUUGUGCCCUUAAAUGUUGGGUUUGACCAUAUUUCCCGUGACGAAGUUAACGGACCAUAUGCUGCCACCACGUCUGACGCAGAUAUAAUGAAUGAUAUGCUUAAUAAUGCUGACAGUGCCUUCCACUGGUUUUAUAGGAGUGGCGAUGUUUUUAUUCUGGACCGUGGUUUUCGAGACUCAGCAAGAAAUCUGGAAUCUUGCGGAUACGUACAACAUAUGCCUCAAACAAAGUAUCCAAAUGAGACACAGCUAACCACGGAUCAGGCCAAUAAGUCCAGACUGGUAACAAUCUGUCGUUGGGUGGUUGAAGUGGUCAACGGCAGGUUCAAAAGAGAUUUUCGCCUGUUGCGAAAUGUAUAUAAUAACAGAGCUCUUCCCAGCAUGUUCGACUAUUUCAAGAUAGCAGCGGCGAUGAUAAAUCGUUUUCAUGUUUUGAUUGAAGAUAAUCCAAAUGCUGCUGCGAUUUUAGAGAUUAUCCACCAAAGAAUUAAUAUGCAAAAUAGAUUGGCAGAUCUUGUAAUACGCCAUAACUACAAUCGCAGACGUGCUCAGUUUACUUUAAUGACUGCAGAUAUGCCAGAGUUUGUAGAUUUUCCAAGAAUGGAUGAGAACGAAUUAUUAUUAUUCGCUCUGGGCGUUUAUCAACUAAAACAGGCCAAAAGCUAUUACGGUGAGCACGUCCUUGACAAUGGAGCAUUCACAAUUGAGCUCAGCAAUGAGUUAUCAAAUGAAGACUUGGCGGAAUUGCAGGGCAAUGAUUUGUGGAUGAUAAGAGGCCGACUGCAAUCGCGGCAUGUUAGAGCAAGACAGUAUUAUGUCUACAUUAUAAUAGAUAGGUUGUUAUCAGGCCGACAAGCAAUCGCUCACUAUUAUUGUUCGUGCAUCAUAGGAAAGCGAACAAUUGGAUGCUGCUCCCAUAUUAUGUGCAUUAUAUGGUACAUGAGCCAUGCACGACAUUUGCCAGCAAUAACCCCUCCAGCUUAUGGAUUGGAGAACAUUAUUGUUGUACCAAACGAUGAUGAUUUUAUAGUGUUUAAUUAA